GGGAUCCAGAGACACAGCCACCGGAGACACCCGGAGAGUGAGGCUGGCGCUGCGGACCCAGCCUGAGCAAGGAAGGGAGGAAGGAGGAAGGCGUGGGGCUCCAGGAUGCCCCGCCAAGGGGGUCAUCUAGCGCUGGCCCUUCCGGCUCCACCACUGUCAUUGCUGCUGCUGCUUCUUCUGGGUCUGGCGCUGCCCCGCACGGCUGCCUGCCCUGUAGACUGCGUCUGCUAUCCGGCGCCCAUGACAGUCAGCUGCCAGUCCCAUCACUUCUUGAACAUCCCGGAGGGGAUCCCAGAAGAGAGCGAGCGGGUCUUCCUGCAGAACAACCAGAUCUCCCUCCUGCUGCGGGGCAACUUCAGCCCGGCCCUGGUCACCCUCUGGGUCUACUCCAACAACCUGACCUUUGUGGACCCGGAUGCCUUCCGGGGCUUUGACCACCUGGAGGAGCUGGACCUGGGUGAUAACCGCAACUUACGGGAACUGGCCCCCGAGACCUUCCGGGGCCUGGCCCGGCUCCAUGCGCUGCACCUGUACAAGUGCGGCCUGAGCUCCCUGCCAGGCGGGCUCUUCCAAGGCCUCCACAACUUGCAGUACCUCUACCUGCAGGACAACCACCUGGACUACCUGCCAGAGGACCUCUUCCUGGACCUGGCCAACCUCAGCCACCUCUUUCUCCACGGGAAUCGGCUCUGGAGCCUUCAGCAGAACGCCUUCCGGGGCCUGGUCAACCUGGACCGGCUGCUCCUCCACCAGAACCGCCUCCGGAGCAUCCACCGCCGGGCCUUCCAUGACCUCCGCCGCCUCACCCUCCUCUUCCUCUUCAACAACAGCCUGGCCGAGCUGCCGGGGGAAGCCCUUGCCCCUCUGGGAGCCCUGGAGUACCUCCGCCUCAACGGCAACCCUUGGCACUGCGACUGCCGGGCACGCUCCCUCUGGGAGUGGCUGCGCCGCUUCCGGGGGUCCAGCUCCAGCUUGGGCUGCGAGACCCCCACCCGCCUCCAUGGCCGGGACCUCAAGGAGCUGACGGCCGAGGACUUCCGGGCUUGCUCCACCACUGGCUCUGAGUCCCUCAACCAGGUCAACGGGCCCCGGCCCCCCUCAAGUGACCGGGCAGCCCCCCGAGACGACCACCACCACGGCCAUCACCACCACCCUCCCCUCCUCUCCUCCACGGAGAAGGGGCAGGAGGGCCAUGGGGAGCACGGUGGCGGCCCACCUGGCCAGCGUCCGGGCUACCGGAAGCCCAGCAAGAACUGCACUAGGAGCCGCAACCGGACCACCAAGCCGGCUUCGCUGAGGCCUUGGAAGAAUGCCGAGGAGAUGCAGGACUACGAGCACAAGUCCAACCUUGGCCUCUUGCCCAAGCAGAAGGGCAAGUGCCCACGGACACCCGUCCUGCCCCCCAGCGGGGUCCAGCAGGCAGCAGGGGGGGCGCGGGGCCGGGGGUCCAGGGCCGGAGGGGCCACUGCCACUGCUCUCCUAGCUGGGAUGCUGGUGGUCUUGGUGGUGAUCAUUCGCUGA